AUGGCAAGCAGAGACGGUCCCAUCGUCACUGGAACGGAUGGAAAGGAUUUCUUGCACCGCGAAACCGUAGCAAGUCACUACAAAGUCAGCGCGACGAACAAGGGGAGAUUACGAGCAUGUUUUGGUGUGCAUGUUCUCCUCUUUUUUGUGAUGAUAGCCAAAUUAUCUGCUGACAUCUUGGAUAGGUUGGAUGUCUUCAUCUGGGAGAUAGAAGUCUUAGUUCUUCCAAAGCCCUUGGCAUGGGAGUAUCUAUGGGCAGUGAGCUUUCUGUUCAUCUACUGGGGAAAUCAUGGGAAUAGCAAGAACAACAUCCGCUCAAUGAGGAUUUUCCAGGGUGGCAUAGUGGUGUUUGGUCUUGGAAUGGUGCUCUUUGCUAUACUGUGGUACUUCAAUGAUGUCCUCCUGUAUGUCUCAACUGGGUCAACAGAAGGGAUCCAGAUAUGGCAGAGCCUGAUUUGUAUUUUGAUUUUUCUGCAGGGAUAUCCAUAUGGGCUCCUAUGGUACGUCUUCCUAGCAAUUGCCCUCCAGAUCCAUGCCUUUUCACUUGUGUUCUCCCAGAAAUUGAUCAAUGCCUGGAAGGCACGUGGCACCCUCAAGAAAGCUCAGUGA